AUGGACAUCCAUAGGAUUCCCACCCAUGUGGUGCGGACUCCUUCUCAAAGGAACGAUGCUGCGGCACCUCAAUCUCCUCGAACCACCUCCCGAUCGAGCUCACAACCCUCCCACGACAUACUCCAUCCUCGUGGUGCCAUGACCAUCCCAGGCGCCCGUUUCGAUGACGCUCCUCCUCCACUACCUCCUCCCAGAUUCAAUGAAGAGUUGGCCCAUGGAAUAGAUGUUGCCUGGAGUUGGGGCAACAGUAACCCUUUCGACUACAACAAGAAGCACUUGGCCCCGAUACAACCUGGCUCGAGUUUGUAUGGCAGCUAUCGAGAACCCCACGGACCCUCAAUUUCGCUACGGAGGCCCGAUGACAUGGACUUGGACGACGAAGAAGACCAUCGGCGAGGAAGCACAGUCUCAACACUCAGAUCUCCAUCUCCCGCCGAGUCAAGGUUGGGUGGCCACAUACCUUCCCUAAUCAGAAGGCCGCCAUCACCUACAACUCUUAAUCAAAGAUUGCAUGGCGAAAUGCCCCUGGCGCAACAGAACUUCAACCGUUCAUCUCAAGCCUAUGAUCAACGCGUUUUAUCCAAGAUUGGAAAGUCCAAUUCGCCUCCGCGACAUCAGAGGUCAAGUUCGACCGAGUCCACAACGUUUGCGCAGAAGCUUUCCCUACAGAUCAAGGAUGCGCAAGGCUCGUUGCCUUCCACCAAUGAGCUUUCAGCGGCGUCCUUCGACCCCGUAACCAGAUGGAUCUCAAGUCCGGUAUCAGCUGGUUUGUCCCCCGGAGCCAGGCCUGGCUGGCGUGACUAUGGUAUGGGCCACCGAAGUCCUUCCAUAGACAGUGCCGCCACAAGCCUUGUCCUGGAUCCGGAGCUUUUCGUCCAGCCUCGAGCAAGUGCCCUCACCUCAUCCGUCGGCUCACUCAUGGGCACCGAUGAUGGAGCCAGUUUUGUCAGUCAGUCGCACCGUGGUAGUUAUGAUCAAGGCAUCUUUGCAGAAUCGGAACCAGACCUGGGGACAGAUGAGCCCGAGGACCAGGCCUUUCGCAAUUUAAACCUGGGUGACUCACAACAGCAGGUGGGCCGAAGACCCUCUAAGCAGGGUAUGAAGCGGCGGGCACGGUCUCCCCCCGAUGUGUCUCGGGACGAUAAAUCACCAUCACGUGGCACUCCGACUGAACUAUUUCAGAAACUCAGUGCAGGUUCCUACUCUCACUCACCGGUCGCCCGAUACCAGCCCAAGCAUGGCUCUGUUUCGUCCACUUCGUCCAGCGUCCGACACAAUUCUUAUGCAUCUUCCCUUGCUCUAUCAAUUGCCGGAAGUUCUAUGACCAGUGUUUCAUCCUUCGACCGCUUGUCACCGCUAGAUCCUAGCCAGCCUCCAUAUAUAACCUCGGCUAUACCUGUUUCGAGCCCUGCUACGUCAAUAGCGCCCUCGCGGAAUCUGCCCACACAAUUGCCCCUCGAUGCGCACUCACCGAUUCGAAAAAUGUCCUUGCAAAGUGCUGUGAACGAAAGCAGACUGCCUCCAGCAACCCGCAUCGGAAACUAUUUCAUGUGCGAUUGUUGUCCCAAAAAGCCCAAAAAAUUUGACACUGAGGAAGAAUUAAGAACACAUCAAAUGGAAAAGCAGUAUACCUGUCAAUACUGCAACAAUCGGUUCAAAAACAAGAACGAAGCGGAACGACAUCAAAAUUCCCUACAUCUACGUCGUCAUUCGUGGUCGUGUGCAGCAAUCUCCAGUUACGAAGCCGCUUUUCAUCCGACCUCACCACCAACUACCUCGACCCCGACUUCACAGACCGAUUCAUGUGGUUAUUGUGGCGAGGAAUUCUCUAAUUACCCACAACCGGAUUGGAACCGCCGCAUUGACCACCUCACGAAUGUGCACAAAUUCGGGGAAUGCAACCAGGCCAAAAAAUUCUUUAGAGCAGACCACUUCCGACAACACCUCAAACAUAGCCACGCCGGACAGAGUGGCAAGUGGACAAAUAUGCUGGAAACUGUUUGUCUGCGAGAAGAAUUUCCACAGGACAACGCAGGUGUUUCACCCACUGGCAGUGACUCAAGCCCGGGUCGUGGACCUAGCAGUCUCCUAGACCCGCCCAUGGGUGGUGCCACGAUCAACGAAGUACAUGAUGAGACUUGA